AUGAGCAAUUCGUCGGUGCCAUCCGACGAGCGGCGGCUUUUUGAGCAUUUUGUAAUAGCAGGUCUUGAUGAAUCGAAAAAAUUAGAAUAUUUAACGCCUUCCUCUCAAGAAUGUGGUCUGCGAAAUACGCAACCAUUGGCUCCGAUUACAGAUAUUACUGUGAUAUUUCCCCAACAUGGAGAAACGCCUCCUGAAGGAUACGAAGUCAUUGAAUCGACUACCCUCGGAUAUCCAGCCGAUCUAAACCAUGGAUCGUUGCGGAUUCCUUCAUGCUUCUUGUGCUUUCGUCGCGGUUAUCAUAAACAGCCACUUGUCGAUAUUGGAAUUCUUGAUGAAGGGAAAGGCGACAAACCAAUGGUGGAUACAAAUGUGGUGCAUAGGACACCAUUCGGAAAAGUUGCCAACGUCAACAAUACAUCCCAAAACAUUUUCUUAACGUAUCGAAGAGCGGCACCAAAUUCGUCACAAAGCCAAUUUGUCGUCACGGAUAUCAAGAUUAUAUUGGCGAACAAAGGCGAAAUUCCGCCUCACACAUAUUAUAAAAUCCCGAAAAAAUUAAAUAAGGGAAUAGUGGGUUCCGAAGUGUAUAUUUGCUAUAAAAAAUCACAAGGAGUAGCGAAAAGAUUGGCAUAUAAACCAGCUGUUUUGGAUUAUUUUCCAAGAAAAGAUUAUUCACCGACUAUGGAAGAUUUCAAAUUGGCUCAGAACGUUGCUAUGUUUUGCCUACCAAUGGGUGCUGUUAUCGAAUGUUGGCCAAAAAAAUGUCAACCACCCGAUCGCUCAUUUUCAACGUUUGUGCUCACCGAUGAGAAUGGAACCAAGUUCUACGGAUCAGCGGUCACAUUUUAUGAGCAAUACAAUAAGAAAUUGACAGAAGAGCAAUUGGAGAUUUUGGAUUUGAAAAACGACGACCAAAAAGAUCUCGAAGGCGGAACUGUUGAAGAUUCGACUAGUAAUAAUGAUCCCGCUGAUGAUAUGUUGUUUUAUAAAAACGUGUCGAUAUGCCUGAUAUCAAGAUAUCCUUUUUUCAAUUCGUUUAAGAGAUUUUUAUUUUUUCUUCAUCGAUUGUCAUCAUCGAAAGCACAAUCUGUUCCAAUUGAACGGUAUAUCUCGCAUUUGAUGUACGAAGUGUCAUUUCCCACUCCUCGUCGACCUAGGGUAUUUAUGCAGUUGGGAGCUGAAAAUAUUAGUUUUGAUUCACAUGAUGAUAGCCAGUUACCCUUAAAUGGUGCUCAAUUAAAUGAUACUCUAAAAUGUCUCGGUAGUACGAAUCUCAUGAAUUUGAUGGUUUUGGCAUUGAUGGAACAGAAAAUUCUAAUACAUUCACUCAGGCCGUGGAUGCUUGCCGCGGUUGCUGAAAGUGUGUGUGCUCUGAUGUUUCCAUUUCAUUGGCAAUGCCCUUAUAUUCCACAAUGCCCGUUGGGACUUGCCGGUGUCCUUCAUGCUCCGCUUCCGUUCAUUGCCGGAGUCGAUUCGCGAUAUUUCGAGCUCUAUGAGGAUCCACCACUUGAUGUGACAUGCUUUGAUCUCGACACAUCAACUAUUAGUUAUUCGUCGGUCAGAUCCACUUUCAAAAUGGGAAUGUUGCCAAAGAAAUUGGCAAAACAACUCGAACAAUGUCUCGAUAAUGUUUAUACCAAAAUUCAAAAAGCUGAAGCCGAUAAUAAUGCAAAAAAUAAAAAAAUCGAAUAUGUGCCUGUUGACCAAGACUUGAUGAAACAGCGAAAACGACGAGAAUAUGAAAUUGAGAUUCACAACGCUUUUCUCAAAUUCAUGGCAUCCCUUAUGAAGGGAUAUCAAUCAUACUUACGGCCUAUUACGUGUGCUCCAGCUACCGCUCGAGCGACUGACACCGGAAAUUUGUUCGAUCUCGAAGGAUUCUUGAGAUCACGCGACAAAUCUUCGGCGGAAUUCUACAAGAGAUUUUCUGAAACCCAAUCGUUUAUGAGAUUCAUCGAAGAGCGAAGUUUUGUGUCCGACAAAAACACAUAUAAUGCGUUUUUCGAUGAUUGUAUUGCGAAAAUUUCAGCAUUGGAAGACGGACGUGAUACCAGCGAUCUUCAACUUCUGGAGCCUGAUGUUUCUCACAAUCAUACAACAGUAUUCAUUCCUGCUCCCGAACCAUUCAUUAAUCCUGAAACUGGCGAAGAAGCUCAGUUUGAAUACACGGAAUUUCCUGUUCGGUUGAAUACCAAUUAUUUUCAAUUGGAUCGAUUGGAGAAGAAUGGAAGAGAAAGCGAAAAAGUUCCGAUUCAUUUCGAAGCGUCACGGUGUACAGCAGUUCGAACGAAACCUGAAACUCGAUCAUCAUUAUUGGCGGCAACGAAUGCGGUCAAGACAAAUCCACUUCAUUGGGCCAAGACACUUCUUUUCUAUUCGUAUUCCUUGUGGUUCAUGCAAUUGGACAGUCUUCUACUCGCUGCGCCGAACAAGAAGAAAAUCUUGAGGCUUGCCUUCGAUGUUUUGCACAGAAUGGCGAGAACAGAAAUAUUUCCAUUGGAUCAAGUCUGCUAUCGAAUUCUCAUCGAAUUAUGCGGAAAGUACGACGAACCGGCGAUGGCGGUCAAAGUUCUUCAGAUGAUGCAACAAGUGGGUCUUGAACAGAAUGCAGUGACGUAUGGAAUUUACCAUCGCGCUGUAAUGGAUGCAACAUGGCCGACCCCGGCGAGGCAGCGAGCCAUCAGAUGUUGGAAGAUACUACAAAUUUGCGUGAAUGCAAAUGAAGCAUUUAUGAAAUUUGCAAAUAUUGAGCGACGACGCCUUUCAAUCCAUGAAACUCAAUCUGUAAGCGAUAAUGGGUAUCAUAGCGAUAAAGUCACCGAGAAGGAAGAAAAAGAAGUGGAGAUAACAGCUGAUUAUGAAGUGACGUAUCGAAGUCUUGAUGAUGACGAAGAUCCCUUGGGAGCCAGGUCAAUUAAUAAUGAAAAAUCGGAAAGGGAAAUUUCGAAAGUGACAAUGUCGCCGUCGAGAGCAAAAUUCUUGGCCGAACACGCCUCAAUGCCAUUUUCAUCGGAAACGACACCGAAAUCGGAAAAGAACUCGGAUGGAAGAUCGAAUAGUUGGUUUAAAGGAAUCGCUAAUAGUCCGAUGUUUAAAAUGAUUCGAAGUACUACGUUUGAAAGUCCAAAGCAUGGAUUUAAUGAUAGUUUGGAUGCUAAUUCGAGCCCAAGUCUUCAUUCAUUGGUGAAUCAGGUGAAACGAGGUUAUGACGAUGUUGUAAAAGAUGUGGUUCCAACACGUUUCAGACUUGGAGUUUCUUCACUUGUCAGCGAAGUUUCGAAACUCAAUAAAUCUUACGGAGCAAUGGGUAGCGGAAUGAUUCAUUCCGAUGAGAAGGAAAAUCCAUUCAAAAUAAAUUCAAAAGAUCCAGCUUACAUUUUGGACAGUGGAAGCACCGGUUGCCUUUUGAGCGAAGAAUUUUGGAUGCGCGAAGUUUAUCUACAAUUGAAGAGGAGUCGAGAGAGGAAAGAACGUGAAGAAACUCCUGGAACAUCUGAAUCGAGCGUGAAAGAACCGGAGGGUCGAAUGGAGGUGAUUUUGUCAUCUUCGACAAUUUGUCCGAGUUGCCGAACAAUGAUCUACGACGAGGAGAUCAUGUCCGGUUGGAAAGUUGAUGAUCAGAAUCUGAAUACGGUGUGCCCGCAUUGCUACACAGAUGGAGUGUCAGCUGAUGCUGUGGCAGAAGCGACCUCAACAUUUGGAGUAUUUGCGCCAAGGCUUACCAUCAAAACGAGGUGGAUGGAAACACCGAUCGGAAGUUGGUAUGCGCCCGGCGGAUUGCCGGUUAGUCGGAAUUCGACUCCCGAAAAGACGAAAGCCUCAGAAUAUGAAACAAUUCAAGUUGAAUUCGUUAGUCCAUUGGUGCUACGAAGAGAACUUGAAACAAUUUUGACUACUGACAAAGACGCAAUGAAGAAGGAAAGUCUCAAAGACACGAAUCCGGUAGUUUUCUGGAAUCUGGUGUAUUACAUGCGUAGAUUGGGUCUACCGAGUCAAUUGUUUAGCUGGAUUGCUCCGAGACAUCACAUCCGAUGCGUGUUCGACAUUCCUACUGAACAUCAGACUGUUGCGCCACUUUAUUUUCUGAAUCCAAAUAAUUCGAAUUUUCCAAUUCAAGGCAAAAUUGUGCCAUCGCGAAAUGCAUGGAUAGCUGUGACAGAAGCUGUUAAGAAUAAUCAACUGUUUAAGGCAAUUCAAACGUUGGUCAAUGAAUCGCGACGAGUUGGUGCCAACGGAAAUAUAACUGUUGGGCCGCAUUUUCCAAUAUUCCGGGAUAUUCAAUUCGCUUCUCUGGAUUUGUUUGGACGAGCUCUUGUUCGAGACAGUCUUGAUAUUCAGUAUGACAGCGAAUGUCAAAAGCUUCCACCGAAGAUCGCGAGCAUCCUUCCAAUGCAAGAUCAUCCAUUGAAAAAAGUGAUAAUUGCGAAAUAUGAGCCGGAAAAAGAAACAUUAAAGGUUUUGAAAAUCGCGGGUAAACAUUUGGAAUCUAUGGGAAUUCCGGGAAGUUCCGGUUUCGAGCUUUAUCCUGAAGAAGCUGUAUUUCUUGCCGAAAACGGUUCAGCAAUUAUUCAGAAUAAUCAAGGGCAAGAAUUGAGCCCAUUCGAAUGUUAUUCGAUUCUUGAAUCUGCACGAAUUCCAAUGUACCGAUAUGAAAUUUACAAGCAUGUCAAAAGAACGGGACUUGUUAUCCUUAGGCCGAGAUUACAAUCUAAUAGAGAACUACUGUCAAGAGAGAAUACUGUAGAAAACGUUGACUACAAUGUGUUCUCACCCGUUAAAUUCUCCCAUCAUCUUCCAGCUGUUCCAGUUUUUUCGAUAAUAUGCCAUCGGUCAAACGCAUGUUUUAUGGAAGUUUCAAGUUUAUCUCGCUUGAAUAAUGUGCUGUUGGCGUUCGAAGAAGCUUCAAAAGUGAAUUUCGUUUCUGUUAGUGGUCAACUGAUUAAUCUCGAACAGUUUCUAGUUGAUUAA